AUGGAGGCACCACCUCUACAAGACCUGGGUGCAGACAGUCUCUAUGAUGUAAUGGACUAUUAUCACAUCUACAAGACCUGGGUACAGACAGUCUGUAUAAUGUAAUGGACUAUUACCACCUCUACAAGACCUGGGUACAGACAGUCUGUAUAAUGUAUAAUGUAAUGGACUAUUACCACCUCUACAAGACCUGGGUGCAGACAAUCUGUAUAAUGUAGUGGACUAUUACCACAUCUACAAGACCUGGGCGCAGACAGUCUGUAUAAUGUAAUGGACUAUUACCAUCUCUACAAUACCUGGGUACAGACAGUCUGUAUAAUGUAAUGGACUAUUACCACCUCUUCAAGACCUAGGUACAGACAGUCUGUAUAAUGUAAUGGAGUAUUACCACCUCUACGAGACCUGGGUGCAGACAGUCUGUAUAAUGUAAUGGACUAUUACCUCCUCUGCUUGUACCAAGGAGAUAUGGACUCCUAGACUUGUUUCGUUGCAGUAUCAUCAAUACAGUGUGUAGUAAUGCUCAUCUUAAUAAAUACAGUGACUGCCUCUAAUAUUUGAUAUAAUGUGAUUUUAUUUUAUUUGCUCUUACAGAAAUCUGGUAUAAAAAUGGGCUUCCCUGCAGUCAUGCUGUUUUCAUUUUCUUGCCUGUUGCGAAGUGUGGUCUACCAGUCAACACUAUUGGAGCGUCAUUGGACAAAGUAAGUCCUUUGUCUCUGUCUGCAAUGUAAAUGUAUCUACUCAUUUAGAUGGGUUACUUUUAGAUGGCUGUGCAUGCAAGAACUGGGACACUCCAAGCACCAUAGCAACUUAUGGCCUUUAAUUAGGUAAUGGCACAAGAGAGUUUCCCGUUUCUUAUAAGUGCAGUUAUCUGCAAAAGCCACUGUGGCCACAAACCACCCGGGCCAAAUAGUUGUAGUAUAGGAAGAAUUGAUGCUUCUGCCUUUGUAAUCAAGGUAGUUUUAGUAUGAAAUAGUUGACUGCAGAAGCUGCAAUGCUCUGGCUAUGCUACCUGCAAACUAUUCAAGCACUCCUGAUCUAAUGAUAAAGUAGCUGUCAGGUUUUAUAAUUGUGGGAAUCUCUGAGAUAUCUUUUUGUGUUCACAAUGUUAUAUUUUUUUUUACAGGUCUGCACAAAACAGAAAAGUGAUGUUCAAACUUUUUCUGUUGCUCAUCUUCAUGGUGCUGAUUUUACCAUCACUCAGCCUCAUCAGGUUAGAAUAAACUUUGCAUUUACUUCUUUCACUUCUACCUCUUUUAAAGACGAACUUUGCGAAUAGUUUAACCCGAAGUUGGUUCUCCAACCUCCGUAGACUCCAGAAAAGCCUGCCUUGGUCACCAUUGAUAGGCUGAAAUCGGCAGCUGAGGCACACAACCUAUCAAAGGCUUCCUAUUGCCUGUAAUAGUACAUACUGCUACUCACAUUAGGCAACCAGGGAUAGAAUGACCCUUUCAGACUAUCACUGGCCUCUGAGGAAAACCUUCUUCUUCUGUCACAUUAAGCCAUCUUGGAUCAGCCAUUAUCCAAACCAAGAUCACUCUCCCUGCGGCAUGUCCACAGAGCAGAGCUAUGCUAGGAAGCAUUCAUGGUGCUUGAUCAUGCUUAGUUCACCAUAGGUGAUCUUGGGUACUUAACCUGGCUAAAAUCAGUCUAUGUAACCACUCUUGUAUUUCCAUUUUCCAGUUUGGACUUCUUUUUCCAGUGGCUGUUCGGCAGUAAGCAGGACUGGGAAGGUGUUGAACGCUUGGAGUACGUAACAAGAUUUUGUCUUAUAUUUUCAAUUAUCACCUCUCUGUAUACUAACUUUCCUCUCCAAUUCUAUGACUCCUGUUGUAUAUCUUCUUUUGUCCUGCCAGCUUUGUCCCAUCCCUCUCCGUCAUGGUGUCUCCCCUUGUAUCUCUCUUUCUGUCCCAUCUUUCUUUAUCUCUUUUAAUCCUGUCAAUAUUAUUAUAGGCAAUUAAUGGGCACUCACAAAUUCUCCAUUCUCAGAUGGGUACCCAUAAUCACGGCCAAUUUAUUAAGUCCAGGGUCAACGCAGCUGUCUAAAAUCUGAGUAUUCUAAUUUUUUGAGUGUCACCUCUAUGUGGUGUGUUAUGUGGAUGCUUAGUAAGGGGGCGUAACUGUUACCCUGGAAAGUUACGCAUUGCACAAAUGUCUUAUAUAUAAAAACAUAUUUUAUAUAGAGAAAUAAGCCAAGAAUAUACAAAAGCUGAGAUCAAAUGCACCAAACAAGCUUCCGUGUGGGUAAUCUGAUUGUCUCACAGAAAGGGUGGCAAGUCAAAUGGCCUAAUCAUGUCACAGGGUCCUGACUUGAGUUCCCUAUUCAAAUUAUCCUUUUGUGUUGUAAUAAUUAUAAAUAUUACAGCCUUGUCUAGGGGAGGCAUAUCCUCUCUUACCUGUAAUCUGAAUUUAGAUCAACUGUGUCGUCUCUACACCCUGCUGUCUUUUUUACGUAUCUCUGCCAUGUUGCGUCAUAAUUUAUCAGCCCAUGUUAACACUGUUCCUUUCUCCUUAGAUGUUUGUUCCUUCCCAACCAAGGAUCAUUCUUUGUAAAUUACAUAAUCAACUCAGCGUUUGUAGGAAAUGGAAUGAGUUUAAUUCGUUUUCCAGAUGUCUUCUAUUUUGUAUGGAAUAUGGCGACUGCAAAGUCUGCAGCGGAAAGGAAGACCAUACGGAAGGUAAACUACUAAGUGAUUCUAUAAUUUGGAGUAGAAUGACUAGGACAUUAACUGCAAUUGAUUUAUGGUAAUUACUAUUAUUUCAUUAUUUUACAGAACCAGGUCUAUCAGAUUGAGCUUGGAGUCAUGUAUGCAGAUAUGAUCUUCGCCUUUACAGUCAUCAUGGCUUACAGUUUAACCAAUCCCCUGAUUGCUCUGUUUGGUAUGCAUUAUGUUUAUCAAGGUAGCUGUAAUCGUAUAACUGUUAAUAGGUUAUCAGAAUGGGAACAUGGAGACCUCACUGCUGUGAUGUCCCCUGGUAUGGGCUAGUUACCAAAAGAAAGUAGCAAGAGUUAAGAUUUAUUUUGGUCAAGCCUCCAAGAGUAAGGGAGUGCAGGCUGUAAACGUAAUUGGAAGUGCUGCCUCUGUCAUAAACAGUUAUGUUUUAGUUGAGUCCAGAAAAAAAUAAAAUAAUUAAGAUUACAUUGAAACUGUAAAUUAUUUGGGAAAGAAAAAGAAAAUCACUUUUCCAUUUGUAAAGUUUUUUUUUAACUAUGUAGCUUACAAAGGGGAUAACAUUCUCAUAUUUGAAAAAGCUUGGAGGUCUUCUAUGGAGACAGGUAAGUAGGUUGAAGUUCUGAGGAUAGUUUUUAUUUUCAUUCUGGGUUUUGAAAUCAUUGACCGAAGACUGAUAGCAAAGCAGGAGUUACACUGGAUUCAGCACACGUUCUCCAUGCGUUAACACAUAUAUUUCAUGUAUUCUCUUUCAGGAAUGGUGUAUAUUGUUCAUAGGCACAUUGUUGAUCGGUACAAUGUGUCCUUUGCCUUCGUUUCAGUACAACUGGACAAGAAAAUUCAUUUCGAAGCCAUCAUUCUAGCUUUGACAGGCCCUUUAUUUAGUCUCUUGUGGCUGUUUUGCUGGUCGUUUGUGAAACUUGGUAAGCGUCUGUGUGUUUGAAUGUAACAUUGUGGAUUAUUCACUAGAAGUAAUUGUUAAACUGCUUUUUGAUGUACUGUUUAAUGCAGAAAACAUUGCAUUUGUCCUCCAUAUCUGUUUCCUAGGUAUAAAUAACAGGUGACAAUUGAGGCCAACACUCCAAUAGAUGAGAUGUUUAGUCCAUGUCCCCUGAAAUGUCUUGUGACACAAACUUGACAUAUGAUUUGUUCAUUAUGGACUGUAGUGAUGCAGUACGGCUUUUGGGAAGACCAAUCAGGAGAGGGUUACAAUAAUCCAUUUGGGAAAUUACUAGAGCAUGGACAAGCUCCAUGGUAGCAUCUUGCGUAAGAAAUCUACAGGACUUGGCAACAUGCUGGAUGUGAGGCUCAAAGGUGAGGCCAGAAUCAAGUAGGACGCCAAGACAGCACGCUUGCAAGGAUGGACUGAUGUGGGUACCACAAACUUGAAGGGAGAGCGAAAGAGGAGGAUCAGUAUUAGGAGGAGGAAAGACAAGGAGAUAAGUUUUAAAGAGAUUGAGUUUCAGAAAGCGGGAGGACAUCCAGUCAGAGAUGGAAGAAACGUUGCAGGAAGGCAGGGGAGAGGUCCGGAAGGAGAGAUAUAACUGGGUGUCAUCAGCGUACAGGUGGUAGUGGAAUCCAAAAGAGGUAAUAAGUUUGCCAAGAGAGGCAGUAUAAAGAGAAAAUAGAAGGGGACCAAGGACAGAGCCUUGGAGGGGAAUCCAGGAGACACUGAAUGAGCAUUGGGAGAGAUAAGAGGAAAACCACGAGAGGACAAAGUCACAGAGACCAAGUGAUUGAAGAGUUUGAAGAAGGAGAGCAUGAUCAAUGGUGUCAAAGGCCGCAGAGAGGUCAAGAAGAAUUAGUAUGGAGUAUUGGCCUUUGGAUUUAGCUGCGAUUAGGUCGUUAGUAACUUUGAUGAGCGCAGUCUCAGUAGAGUGGAGAGGGCGGAAGCCAGAUUGAAGAGGGUCAAGGGGAGAGUUGGAAUUAAGGAAGUGAGACACACAGGUAAAGACAACUCUUUCCAGAAGCUUUGAGGAAAAAGGGAGCAGGGAUAUGGGACGAUAGUUAGAGGGGGUGGACAGGUCGAGGGAUGUUUUUUUUUCGUAUAGGUACUACAUUUAUAUAAUAUAUGUCUAUAUAUCAUAUAUAUAAUGUCAUACUAAGUGUAUUUUUAUAUUAAUAUGUAGUUAUAUUAAUAUAAAAAUACACUUAUAAUUAAAUUACACAUGUAUAUAUAUAAUAUAUAUAAUAACUAUAUAUAUUGUAUAUAUAUAUUAUUAUAAAAUAUAAAUAGUAAGUAAUUUAAAUUAAAUUAAAAAAUUUAAAAAUAAUAAUAAAAAUUUAAAAUAAAUAAAUAAAAAUAAUACGAAAUAUACAUAUGUCCAUAUACAAAAUUACAUAAAUAAUUAUAUAAAUAUACACGUAGACUUCAAAUAUAUAACUAUGCAUAUAUAUUUAAAUUCUACGUGCAUAUUUAUGUAAUAUUUUUACAUAAUUAAGUAAUUUUAUUGAUUGCAAUUUGAGGGACCUGCCUGCCAACCCAGGCCGGAAGUCCAGAGAAUUUAAUUUGCUAGCACUGUAUUUUACCCUGUAACGUUCUACGACACCCUAAAACCUGUACAAGGGGGGUACUUUUUUACUCGGGAGACUGCGCUGAACACAAAUAUUAGUGAUUCAAAACAGUAAAACAUAUCACAGCGAUGAUAUUGUCAGUGAAAGUGAAGUUUGUUGCAUUUUUCACACAAAAACAGCACUUUUACUGAUGAUAUUGUUGUGAUACGUUUUCCUGUUUUAAAACACUAAUAUUUGUGUUCAGCGAAGUCUCCCGAGUAAAACAGUACCCCCCAUGUACAGGUUUUAUAGCAUUUUUGAAAGUUACAGGGUCAAAUAGUUUUACAUUGAAAAUGGCCAGGUUGGUUACGUUGCCUUUGAGAGCAUAUGGUAGCCCAGGAAUGAGAAUUACCCCCAUGAUGGCAUACCAUUUGCAAAAGAAAACAACCCAAGGUAUUGUAAAUGAGGUAUGUCCAGUCUUUUUUAGUAACCACAAACACUGGCCAAAAUUAGCGUUCAAUUUAGUUUUUUACUUUUUUCACACACAAAGGAAUAUGAAUGCUAACUUUGGCCAGUGUUUUCAACUAAGUGGCUACUAAAAAAGACUGGACAUACCCCAUAUUGAAUACCCUGGGUUGUCUACUUUAAAAAAAAUAUGUACAUGUGGGGGUGUUAUUCAGAGAUUUAUGACAGAUAAUAGUGUUACAAUGUCACUAUUGCUAAAUUUUAAAAAUGUAUGUUUUGAAACCGCAAUAUCCUACUUGUACCUAGAGCCCUAUAACUUUCCAAAAAAAAGCAAAAAAGCACAUAAACACUGGGUAUUUUUAAACUCAGGACAAAAUUUUUAAUCUAUUUAGCAGUUUUUUUCAUUCGCUUUUGUAGAUAAGUAAAAGAUUUUUCAAGUAAAAGUCAAAAAACAUGUAUUUUUUAAAUUUUUCAUCAUAUUUUGUAAAUUUUUUUUAAAUUAAAUUACAUGAGAUUAUAUAAAUAAUGGUAUGUAAAGAAAGCCCCUUUUGUCCUGAAAAAAACAAUAUAUAAUUUGUAUGGGAACAGUAAAUGAGAGAGCGGAAAAUUACAGCUAAACACAAACACCACAAAAGUGUAAAAAUAUGCCUGGUCGCAAAUGUACAACAUCGCAAAAACAGUCCGGUCCUUAAGCAUGCGUAGGAUAGACAUAAAGCUAUCUUAGAUAUAAGAGACUAAGGAAAGUAUUUUAGAAAAUUGGGCAGACUAGAUGGGCCGAAUGGUUCUCAUCUGCCGACACAUUCUAUGUUUCUGUGUAAGAGAAGAUUAGGUCAAGGGUAUUGCCAGCUACAUGGGUGGGGGAAUUAGCCCACUGUGAUAACCCGAGGGAGGAAGUAAUUGAAAGUAGUUUAGAGGCUGCAAAGGUCAAAGGUGGGUUAAUAGGAAUAUUGAAGUCCCUGAGAAUUAGGGAUGGAAUAUUAAAAGAGAGGAAAUAGGGUAGCCAGGCAGCAAAGUGGUCAAGGAAGAGGAGAGGGGAACCAGGGGGACGAUAAAUAACAGCAAUAGAACGGCAGUGUUUUACAUGAUGAACUGACAGGGAAAUAAAGUAGUCUGGGUGCCUAUAUAGUAGUACCCUGUAGCAGGGUAUACAUGGGGAAUGUGAGUACAGUGUGGGUACUAUGUAGGUAGCUCUCGCAAUUAAUACCACCUUCUUCUGUGGUACCACUGAUUUUUAAAUUUGUUGCAAAGCCAGGAUAGCAGCUUUUUUUUUUUUUUCCUGUACCAUGUAGUCAAUUAGCCAUCUUUCCCAUCCCCAGUUUGCCCACUGGGGCUAAUAUGUUACUCCCACCAGGUCUUUACCUCAAUCAUGUGUUUUGCAGGGCUAAAGUAUUUAUUUAAUCUUGUCUCAUAUUCUAUGUUUAAAGAGACCUGCUGCACCAUGUCUUCUCGUGUGUGUAACGGAGAGUAUUAUAAAAAUAAUUACAUACAUUUUAUUUUUAAUUGCAAAAGAUUUACUCAUGAUAUAAAAUGUCCACAGCUACUUGAUAUGUAGAUAGCACAGGUAUAUGCUAUGUGUGUACAGCUCUGAAUUUAUUAAUUGAAAUUCCAAAAUGCAUGCACCCCUCAGUCUUAUUACUUAUUCAUUUCCUUUAUAUCUAUAGGAAUUGAGGCUCCUACAACAAUAUUUACACUGUGCGUCAUCAUCACCACGAUUGUUAUGUGCGUGAUUUAUAUAGGUCUGGGACGUCUCAAGCUCCUCGGAUGCCUGAAUUAUAAGGUAAAGCUUUGCCAGUGGCCUCUAUUUUUAAUCUAUGUUUCACACAAAAAAAAGAAAACACAGAAAAUAUUUUUAAAAAUUAACAUAAGACAUUAUCCAGCAAUCAUACAGUGUUUGUCAAUUAGUAAACAAUCCGUCAAUGUGGGAACAAAUGUACAGCAAUUUUGCGGAAUAGAUUAUAUCAUAUAACUAAAGGCGUGGGCCAGUUUUUCACUCUUGUCCAUUAAUAGUGCAGUAGUUUUGUAGGUUGAAUACUCCCGACCUAAUCCGUAAUUAUUGGUCCAUCUAAGUUUGCAUUAGCCACGUCUUUACAUUCUAAUAUCGGGUAUUAAUAACAAAACAAAAAAUGUAGUGUAUGAUUCCCUAAUAUAAUCGCACAAUAUAAGUCAAUAAGAUCAAAGGGUAUUUAAAGGAAAAAGAGUGUGUGUGUCCUGUAACCCCAUAGCAUGAGGAAAUAAAGGAACUAUAGAAAAUGCUUAUUCUACUGAUGUUCCAUCCAACAAGAUCCACUUUGUUAUGCUAUGGCUGGAAUAGUAUUGAUAAUUAUUGGCUGAGAAUACUGCUAUAUUGUAUCAGCGCUAGUUUAUAGUCUCCUGUCUGUUGCAGACUGAGGAAUGUCCGACCUUCGCACAGACACACAAAAAUGGAGCAACAGUCAAAGCUGAAACGUUUCAGAUUAUAUCAGAGACAUCCGUGGAGACUACUCAGAUACACGUGCAGAUGCCUGAGGUAAGUACCCAGCUUGGUGCGGCAGCCAUACAGAGUAAAAAAAAAAAAUAUAUAAAUGAAAUAAAGAAAUGCUGCUUUACACGGGUAUCUCGCGGCACAGACACCUGUGAUAACUAACCAGCUUGAUGCACAGAAACUGAGUGAAAGACUAAAUAUAUCUGCAAAAUGCACAUUAAGGAUAAAGCAAAAAAAAUAAUAAUAAAAUGAAGUAAAUCUUUCUUGAAAUCACCUAUCCUUGCUAAUGCAUAUAAUGAUUUAGUCACGCCAUAUGGUCAUGCCGUGUUUAAGCUACCACCAUAGGUGGCCCUUUAAACGUGUUUACAGGAAAGCAUACCUUUCGGGAUAUUACUGUACUGUAAAGCUGUAGUGGGAAAAUGUGAGGUGAAUAAAGUGAACAAUCCUCACAUUAUUAAAUAUAACAAUAUUACAGUUAACUAAAUCCACAAUCCUGAAGGUAUGAAAUAUUACAUAUUUCACAGAUAUUAGCAAAAUACAUAAAUCUACAAUUAUAAAUAUAGAAAUUAAAAUUUAGAAAAUGCAGCCUUAGAUGGCCGUGUACGUGGGUAAGGCUCUAAGGGGAAAAGGCUUGCUAAUUAUAGGUUGAGUAUUGUAUCAGCACCGGUUUAUAAUUACCUGGUUACUUGUUUUUUUAAGGAAUCCCUAACUGGCAAAGAAUCAAAAAGUGAAGAAGUCAGAUACCAGUGGUAAGUAACCAUGUUGGAGCAGCAUCCAUAAUGUUUUACAGGGCUAUGCAGUGUAUGUAAGAUUUUAUAUUAAACAGAAGGAAUGGUGAGUUGUAAUGAAGAUAUGGUGAUUGGAGUGGUUAGGAGUGUGUGGGACGGUUUGGUGCAUCUUGUAAUUACAUUUUAUGUGAAGGAUACUUUAUUUCCAUAUAUUAUAUAAUAUCCUAAUCUUUUAUUGUUGAUUUCUGCAUUUGAAAUAUAUAGGAAUGAAUUAACACCAAGUCACAAAGAUUAUGUAGUAAUAGACAUAGAGGACGAAACAUCAACACCAAGUCGCAAAGAUUAUGUAGUAAUAGACAUAGAGGACGGAACACCUGGCUGA